CUUCUUCCGUCGCCGAGCACGUGCCCGACUCCUCUUCUCUUCUCCUCUUCGUUUUCCCGAUCUCCUCUUCUUCCCCUUCCUCUCCGAUCGACGCUUCUGCUUCCCCAUCUCUUCCUGUCUUCCGGCCGAGCAGCGCCGAGCUUUCAUCUUCCCCAAUCUUCGCUCGAAAACCCAAACGCCGAAGCCACUUCCUCUUCCCUCUCGCGUCGCUGCCUCCCUCACCCUCUCGCGACAUCGCCGGCCAUCUUCUUCUUCUUCCCCCAACCCGAAGUCUCCUCCUAUUGCCGUUCUUGCUGUGCCCUAGCCGCAGUCGCCGUGCCCUAGUUUUCCCGUUUCAUCUGCCGACCACCGAUCCAGAUGUCACAGAUGCUGGUGAUACCCCUCUCGCUCUGACCUAAGCCAGACCAGGCCGCAACCCGAUCUACCACAUAUCUGAUUAGUCGAAUGCUGCUGUUGAGGUGUGUGUUUUUGCUGUCAACAACAGCCUUGAUCUCCUGACCUCUCAUCCCCAGCCAGCGAUAGCAUCGUCGGCCAAUUCUUCUGUUCAGACAUCAUGCCCCUCAUUUGUUCCGGCCAGCAACUUGGGGUUAUUUGAGGGUGCUGACUUAGGGCUAUCUGGUUUGCUGAACAGUAGCUUUACCUAUCUGCGGCGACCGUCUUACGGCUGUGGACUCCUCCGAUUGAGAGCCCUAUUAGCUACCACGGAUUUGAAGGAUUGUCUUGGUUCAUUGAUCUAGAAGUUGAAGCCCAUGGCAAAACGUGGAACUCCUGGUUGUUGCAGCGCCUUUCCUAGAAGGUCAACAGAGACUAUGAGGCUUAUUGUUUCAGCCAUCAUUGGAGUUUCUGUAGGAUACUUAGUAGGCAUUUCGUUUCCCACAGUUAACAUAACCAAGCUUACCUUCCCUUCCAAUAUUAUAUCCUACAUUGAAGACAGAAAUUCAGGCCUGGCAACUCAAGCUCUAUUAAACCAUGCUUGGAAUUCAGCUAACAAUCAAAAUAGAAAGAAUUCUACAUCAAACACAACCAAUACCUUGAAGAUUUAUGUUCCUUCAAAUCCGAGAGGUGCAGAAAGAUUACCACCUAAGAUUUUGAUGCCGGAAUCAGAUUUGUAUUUGCGCAGAUUGUGGGGCAAUCCAGAAGAGGAUCUUAUCAUGCAGCCGAAAUAUCUCGUGACAUUCACAGUUGGGUAUGAUCAGAAGAAGAAUAUUGAUGCUGCAGUUAAGAAAUUUUCUGAAAAUUUCCAAAUAAUACUAUUCCAUUAUGAUGGCCGGACAACUGAAUGGGAUGAAUUUGAGUGGUCAAAGCGGGCUAUUCAUGUGAGUACAAGGAAGCAAACUAAAUGGUGGUAUGCCAAGCGGUUUUUGCAUCCUGACAUUGUGGCACCAUAUGAGUACAUAUUCAUAUGGGAUGAAGACCUAGGGGUGGAGCAUUUUAAUGCUGAAGAGUAUAUUAAAUUAGUAAAGAAGCAUGGACUGGAGAUAUCACAACCUGGUUUAGAACCAAAUAAUGGGUUAACAUGGCAAAUGACAAAAAGGAGAGGAGACCAAGAAGUUCACAAAGAUACAGAGGAAAGACCUGGUUGGUGUGCCGACCCCCAUUUACCCCCAUGCGCAGCUUUUGUCGAGAUUAUGGCAACUGUAUUCUCUAGGGAUGCAUGGCGUUGUGUAUGGCACCUGAUUCAGAAUGACUUGGUCCAUGGAUGGGGUCUUGAUUUUGCCCUCAGAAAAUGUGUAGAUCCUGCCCAUGAGAAAAUCGGCGUUGUAGAUGCACAAUGGAUUGCUCAUCAGGUGGUUCCUUCACUAGGGAACCAGGGCGAAGCUGAGAACGGCAAAGCACCAUGGGUAGGGGUCAGAGAAAGGUGUAGAAAAGAGUGGCAAAUAUUUCAAACACGUUUAUCAGAAGCUGAGAAGAGAUACUAUCUUUCGAAAGGGAUCACUCCCCCUAACUCAACCAUUGUUUAGAGAUUCGCUGAUACAAUUACUUUUGCAAUGAUAGGUGAGUUCAGAUCAUCAUAAAAUAUUGGAGUACAUAGAGGUAAUCGGCAUCA